GGCGCCCGUGAGCGGGGGCGCCGCAGAGCCGGAGGCCAUGCCCCACGAGAAGAGUUUCCUGGUGUCGGGGGACACCUAUCCUCCCCCCAACCCUGGAUAUCCGGGGGGGCCCCAGCCCUCCAUGCCUCCCUACCCUGGCGCCCCUUACCCACAGCCCCCUUUCCAGCCUUCCCCCUAUGGCCAGCCAGGAUACCCCCAGGGCCCGAGCGUCUACCCCCAAGGGGGCUACCCGCAGGGUCCCUACCCCCAAGGGGGCUACCCCCAGGGCCCAAGCGUCUACCCCCAAGGGGGCUACCCUCAGGGCCCCUACCCCCAAGGGGGCUACCCCCAGGGGCCUCACCCGCAGAGUCCCUUUCCCCCCAACCCUUACGGACAGCCGCAGGUCUUCCCAGCGCAGGACCCAGGCUCCCCUCACCUGGGGACCUACCACGAGGAGGGGCCACCUUCCUACUAUGACAACCAGGACUUCCCCGCCACCAACUGGGACGACAAGACCCUGCGCCAGGCCUUCAUCCGGAAGGUGUUCCUGGUGCUGACCCUGCAGCUGUCGGUGACCCUGUCCACUGUGGCUGUGUUCACCUUCGUCGGGGAGGUGAAGGGCUUCGUCCAGGCGAACGUCUGGACCUACUACAUGUCCUACGCCGUCUUCUUCGUCUCCCUCAUCGUCCUCAGCUGCUGCGGGGACUUCCGGAGAAAGCACCCCUGGAACCUCGUGGCCCUGUCGGUCCUGACGCUCAGCCUGUCCUACAUGGUGGGCAUGAUCGCCAGCUUCUACAACACCGAGGCGGUCAUCAUGGCCGUGGGCAUCACCACCACCGUCUGCUUCGCGGUGGUCAUCUUCUCCAUGCAGACGCGCUACGACUUCACCUCGUGCCUGGGCGUGCUGCUGGUGAGCAUGGUGGUGCUGGUGGUGUUCGCCCUGCUGUGCGUCUUCGUCCGGAGCCGCAUCCUGGAGGUCGUGUACGCCUCGCUGGGCGCGCUGCUCUUCACCUGCUUCCUGGCCGUGGACACCCAGCUGCUGCUGGGCAACAAGCAGCUGUCGCUCAGCCCCGAGGAGUACGUGUUCGCGGCGCUCUACCUGUACACCGACAUCGUCAACAUCUUCCUGUACAUCCUCACCAUCAUCGGGCGCGCCAAGGAGUAGCCGCCGCCGGG